AUGGCUACCACAUUUACCAUCCCAGAGGAGAUGAAGGCGAUACGGUAUAACAAAGUCAAGGACUUUUCCCUUUCAUGCGGUGUUUGCGGUACCGACCUCCACAUCCACAACGGCGACUUUGCAUCGCGGAUGCCCGUCAUCACCGGCCAUGAGACGAGCGGCAUCGUCGUUAAGAUGGGUUCCGCCGUCACGGGGUUCAAGCUCGGUGACAAGGUCACGGCGGAUAAUGCCGAGACGUGCGGGAGCUGCCACUUUUGCAGGAAGGGGAAGCAGUUGUAUUGCGAGAGCUUCGCAGCGCACGGCAUACAAUUGGAUGGAGGUUUCGCCGAGUACUGCGUGUACCCAGCCGACAAACUUUUCCAUUUCAACAACCUGUCCUGGGAAGAGGCCGCCGUCUUCGAAGCCGCCUCCUGCGCCGUCCACGGCCUCGACCGCAUCCGCCCCGACGUCGGAUCCAAAAUCCUCGUCAUCGGCUCCGGCGCCACCGGUCUGUGUCUCGCGCAGCUGCUUCGCGCCAACGGAGGCCAGCGGCUCGUUCUCGCGUCGAAUGCGGGGCCCAAGAUGGACUUGGCCAAGCGCCUCAACUGCGCGGAUGAAUAUCUGGAGCUCGAUCGUCGUGACCCGGGGCCCCAGUGGAAGAGCCUGAAGGAGCGGUAUCCGUAUGGUUUCGAUGUUGUAGUCGAAGCGUCUGGGUCUUUGGAGAUGGUGCAGAUGGCUAUCGAGUAUUGCACUAGAGGCGGGAAACUAUUAUACUAUGGGGUGUAUGAGCGAGAUGCGGUGAUCAACCUCUCUCCGUCCAAAGUAUUCCGUGACGAAAUCACAAUCAUGGGAUCCUUUUCGCAAACGUGGUGCAUGCAACGAAGCGUCGACUACCUCGAAAGCGGUGUCGUUGACGUCAAGGGAAUCGUGGACAAGACGUUUAGACUGGAGGAAUAUGCAGAUGCUCUGGAUGCUAUACGUAACAAGACUUGCAUCAAGGCCGCCAUUGUAUUUGAUUAG